UUCAAAAUAUGUCAUACGCUAGCGAACUACACUUUCGGUCGUGCAUCGUCGCACGCAGUAAACGCAGCGAUAAUGAGUCUCCCAAGAUGGCGGCGUUCGGAAGGAGGCGCGGUGUCCCAGUCGAGAGGGAGAGGGGAGUAAUGGGCUCUACGGACUGCUACAUCGUGCACGAGAUCUACAACGGGGAGAACGCGCAGGACCAGUUUGAGUACGAGUUGGAGCAGGCCCUGGAGGCCCAGUACAAGUACAUUGUCAUCGAGCCUACGCGCAUCGGCGACGAGACGGCGCGCUGGGUCGCGGUGGGGAACUGCCUGCACAAGUCGGCCGUGCUGGCCGGGGCGACCUGCCUCCUCACCCCCCUCUCCUUGCCGCCAGAGUACUCGCGCUACGUUGCCCUGCCGGCCGGCGCCCUCAGCGUAGCCUGCGCUGCCCUCUACGGGAUCUCCUGGCAGUUCGACCCCUGCUGCAAGUACCAGGUGGAGUACGACAGCCACAAACUGUCCCGCCUCCCGCUGCACACGCUCACCUCCUCCACGCCCGUGGUGCUGGUGCGGAAGGACGACGUCCACAGAAAGAGACUCCACAACACGAUAGCGCUGGCCGCCCUGGCCUACUGCGUCAAGAAGGUCUACGAACUUUACAUCGUUUGAGCUCCUUUUUAAAAAAUCGAAAAGGAAAAAUACAAAUGGAGAAAUAAUGUGACGGCAAUGGCGGAAAAGACCUUGAAAGACAAAGAUAUUAAGCUUCUGCAGUUGUUUUGACACUCAAGUUUUGGUUGUUUGCCUACAAAAAGAUAUGGUUAAGAUGAUUAUUUCCCACCCUCACCCCCUCCUGUUUUUCAUUUUGGUGCACUGAGUGACAUGCAGUGGGUACAUAUGCACAUGUGUGCAUAAGCACUCUUGGUAAACUAGACACUAAAGUUGAGUUUGGUGAUUGAAAAUAUCUUGAGGGUUGUGACAGUGUGAUGAAAAAUUGACAAUGUUUUGCGUAUUAACAAUGGCCUGAUAUUUUUUGUCUGUCUUGGUAGCUUUAUUGUGACCAUUUAUGAAGGUCAUAAAGUCACAUCUUCAUUAAACUUUAGGAUAUUUGAAACCAU